CACCGAAUUUCCGAAAGAAUCGUGGAGCUCCAGUCCCUCCGCCGCCUCAGCCUCCACGACAACUUCCUCGUCGGCUCAAUUCCGGCAACCCUCGGAUUCCUCCCCAAUCUCAGAGGCCUUUAUCUCUUCAACAAUCGCCUCUCCGGCUUCCUGCCUCCAUCUAUUUCUAACAGCCCACACCUUCAAACAAUUGAUCUCAGCAAUAAUCAGCUCACCGGAGCUAUCCCUCCCAAUCUUGCAAACUCCACUAAGUUGUAUAGGUUGAAUCUGAGCUUUAAUGGCUUCUCCGGCUCCAUCCCACCAAACCUUUCCCGCUCCUACUCUCUCAACUUUCUCGCUCUUCAACACAAUAAUCUCUCUGCUUCUCUCCCCGAUUCAUGGGACGCCAUCAACCUCAAAUCCUUAACUCUCCAUCACAAUUCCCUUUCUGGAAAAAUUCCCUCUUCUUUGAGCAGACUGCUUCUGCUCGAGGAGUUGGAUUUGAGUCACAACAAAUUCGAGGGGAACAUAAUAAUCAUCGCCAACUUAACUUCCAUUACAUCUCUCAAUCUCUCGCGAAAUAAUCUCAAUGGCGAAAUCCCAUCUUCUCUCUCCAAUCUCCCAAACCUCACUUCACUCGACGUCUCCAACAACAAUCUAUCCGGCGUCGUUCCAUCUCUUCUAUCCAGGAGAUUCAACUCCACCUCCUUCGCCGGCAACAUUCACCUCUGCGGCUUCACUGGCUCGGCCCCGUGUCCGCACCGCCGUCGCAAGCUCAGCACAAAGGACAUAAUCCUGAUCGCAGCCGGAGCCCUUCUCCUUGUUUUACUAAUCCUCUGCUGCGUGUUGCUCUGCUGCUUGAUCGGGAAGAAGAAGAAGGAGGAGGAGGCCUCUUCCAAAUCCAGUAGUAGAGCAGCUAAGGCUGCGGCGGUGGAGACAGCAGGCGAUGCCGGAGGGAAAUUAGUCCAUUUUGAUGGGCCUUUUGCUUUUACAGCUGACGAUUUAUUGUGUGCUACUGCAGAGAUUAUGGGAAAGAGCAGUUAUGGGACGGCAUACAAAGCGAUGCUCGAUGAUAGCAAUCAUGUUGCGGUGAAGAGAUUGAGAGAGAAAAUCACCAAGCCCCAAAAGGAAUUCGAAUCCCAAGUUUCUAAUCUCGGCAAGAUCAGACAUCCAAAUAUCUUGGCGUUGAGAGCUUACUAUAUUGGGCCUAAAGGCGAGAAGCUUCUUGUCUAUGACUACAUGCCUAGUGGAAGCCUUGCAUCCUUCUUACACGCUAGGGGUCUCGAAACGACCAUCCCAUGGCCUAGAAGAAUGAACAUAGCAAUUGGAAUAACAAGAGGGCUAUGCUAUCUACAUAGUGAGGCAAACAACAUCCAUGGAAAUCUAACAGCAACCAAUGUUCUACUCGACGAAAACACAGAUCCAAAGAUCGCAGACGUGGGCCUGUCGAGGCUGAUGAUGAGCCCCGCCACCAUCGCCAACGUGGUGGCAACGGCCGGAUCAUUGGGGUACAGUGCGCCGGAGCUCUCCAAGCUGAAGAACGCGACCACUAAAACGGACGUCUUCAGCCUCGGGGUGAUAGUACUGGAGCUACUCACCGGAAAAUCUCCGAGCGAGGCUAAAGAUGGGAUUGAUCUGCCGCAGUGGGUUGCGUCGAUUGUUAAGGAGGAGUGGACUAAUGAGGUGUUUGACGUGGAGCUGAUGAAGGACGCAUCAUCCGACGUCGGAGAUGAGCUGCUCAACACGUUGAAGUUGGCCCUUCAUUGCGUCGACCCGUCACCGGCAGCCCGCCCGGAGGCGGAGCAGGUGCUGCAGAAGCUUGAGGAGAUUAAGGCGGAGGGGAAGAAGAGUGAGUGA